AUGGAAGCCGACUGGGAGUUAGAUUCAGACAACGAGGGAAAGCGAUGGAGUCUCGGCCCGGCGUUCGACGAUGCGGGUCAGCUCUCAGACGACGAUCUUCUCACUGACCUCGGGAGUACCGCCGCCAUUCGAGGCGGCGAUCUUCUCACUGACCUUAACGGUACCGCCAUUCGAGACGACGACCUUACUACGAGCAACCUCGAGAGCACCGCCGUUAGCGGCGGUUUCACUAGUGGUGUCGCCGGAAGAGACGGCCAAAGUAGCGAUGCGAGCAACGGCGCGGGGACAAAUCGCACGCCGCAGGCCAACGGCGCGUCAAACCUUAACGGCUCGCUAGACUAUAACGGGAAUAGUGAAAGUUCUGAUCGACCUGGAAACGAGGAGGCUUUGCGAUCCGCAGGCGGCAUAGACGGCGGAGCUGUCAGUCUAAGCGCCGCGGACGAGGGGAGGCAGUUCCAGCUCAAUUUUGCGCGAGCCAACGGGUUGCGCGACGCCGGGGAGCAGAGCGUGAGGGUAGCUGCGCAGUUGGAAGUCUGCGCGGAGCAGAGCGGGGCUGGCGACGUGGGUGGCAGAAGGGAGGACACAGCAGAUGGAACGCAUGUAGCGGCAGUGGCGCCUGAAUUGGCGCCGCAUAGGGAGGAGCAGAGUGCUGAGUCAACAGGGCCGUCAGUGAGUUCACUCGCGCCCGAUUUAGCGCCAGAAGAAACGUCCGCCGGGGGAUUGGCAAACGGGAGCGGCGAGUGGGUGGGGAAGGAACCUGCGGAAGGUGUGAGGGAGGCCAAUGGUGCAACGGAUGCAGACGAGGGGAGACGAGGGCAAGGAAAGAGUGGUAGUGAGGAGAGCAGCGCAGUGAAUAGGUCGGGGGAGAUUAGGGUCGGUUUGAAGGACAUAAAGAGGAGUGGCAUGGGGAGUAAUGGUGGGAGUGGGAGCUUUGUAGCGAGUGUGAGCGAUAGGGGUAGCGGGAGCGGUAUUGGUGGCGGUAAACCAAGUGACAAGGGGAGAGCAGUGAUUGGAAAGGCGCAGGUGGGAAGUGGAGUGGGGGCGCGGAUACAGACGGGCGAGGCGGGGGGAGCGGGAGGAGGGGGAGGGGCAGGGGGAAGGGUAGAAGGGGGAUCGGGGCGGAUGUCAGUCCGCCAGCAGAGCCCUCGCCCUUCCGCUGCCUUCGCCUCCCCCACACGCUCAGGCCCUGGCACCAGGGGGAUAGCACCAGGGGGAGGGGGAAGCGGAGGAGGCGGAACAAGAGGGGCGCAGGGGGUGGUUGGCCGGUCGCCUUCAGAGGAGCGAAGGAGGGCAAACACGGGCAGUCCGGGCAGCAGAGGCAAGUCCGACAGCCCUGCCAGGAGAGGCAGUCCGGGCAGCUUGGGCAGCAUUAAACGACCGGAUUGGGCGAGCGGGAUUGGCCCGCUGACCAGCAGUUACAGCCCAGAGCUAGCGGGCAGGAAAGCAGGGGGCGGGGGGAUGGGGGGUUUGGGUUCUUUAUCCCUGGACCGGCAUAGCAUUGCUGUGACUGGGAGGUGGAGUGAUCCCGGGUGGUUGGGCAUCAGGGGAAGGGCAGGGGCGCUGGGGGGGGCGCAAGGGGGAGUGCAAGGGGGAGCGCAAGGGAGAGUGCAGGGGGGAGCUUUGGGGGGAGUGCGGGGAACUGUGGGGCAAAGUGCGGAGAGAGCAGUGGUUGCAGGGAAGGGGAGUGGGCGCGUGGGGAGUCCGAGUGGAAGGAGGGAUGCAGCGCCAGGAACAGCAGGGGGGAAGGCAGGGGGGAGAUUCGAGGGGGCGGAUAGGGCGGGUGUGAGUGGCGCAGCAGGGAGGGCCGGGGGAAGUCCUUUGAGACGAAAUGGCGCAGCAGGGGGGAAGGCGGAAGAGAGAGCAGGAGGUGUUGGCGGGGGACGAGUAGUGGCAGGAGGAAAUGCGAGUGCAAAUGCGAGUGCCCGCAGGCGGAUAGCCUUUGGCAGCAGUGUGAGCUUCAACGCGGCUGCCUCCAGCCCUGUCGUUGCCCCAACGCCCGCGCCUUGUGAUCCCCCACUGACUGCUGCUGGGGUUCCUCCUGGCAUUUAUGAGGGUAUGCAGGGCGUUUCCCCUGCUGUCAACAGUGCAUCCUCAUCAUCUGAUCCCUCCCCUGAUGUGGUCAACACCACCAGCACCUUCACUUCUGCUGCUGCUGCUGCUGCUGCUGGUGGUGGUGGUGAAUCCAAUGCUGCUGUUGCCGGCAGUGAUCGAAUGGGUGACACUGUGAGUGCUGUAGAUAGGGUAGGAAGUGUGGAGUUGGAGGUGGGGAGAGAUGAGGGAAGAGAGGAGGAAAGGGAGGAGAGAACAGAGGAGGGAAGAGAGGUGGACGAAAGCGUGGUGGAGGAAAGAGAAGAGGAUGAAGGGAUGACUCUGCAGGAGAUUAGGGGUGACAAGCAGGCGGGGACAAGAGAUCAAGACCAAGUAGCGGAGGGAUGGGAGAAGGAGGAGGAGGAGGAAGGCGGCAAGACAGACUCGCUAAAGACAGCAGAGAGGUCAACGCAAGCAGCAGAAGCCAAUGACACGGUGGGUGGCAGAGAUGACACGGUGGGUGGCAGAGAUGACACGGUGGGUGGCAGAGAUGACACGGUGGGUGGCAGAGAUGACACGCACAUUGACCUGCGCUCGCAGCGCAUCAGAAGCCUCAAGGCCCACACGCUGCACCUGCACACACAUCGUGUGCUCGCAGCGCAUCACAAGCGCCCCCCCUCAGUCCUCUUCUCCUCCUCCCUCCUCUUCUCCUUCCCCCUCCCCCCUCAUCCCCAUCCCUCAACUCCCCCCUACCAGCGCCGGGUGGACCUGCGGUCGCAGCGCAUCAGAAGCCUCAAGGCAGAUACGCUGCACCUGCCGCCUGCUGCUCAGGUGGGCUUGUGGCAGGUGCUGCUCAGGUGCUGCUCAGGUGCUGCUCAGGUGUGGGGCAGUGGGCUCACCGCGGCUGAGGCAGGCGCUAUAGACUGUGUGGGUUUUGUGUAUCUGAGGGGCAACAAGCUGACAGCAAUGGACGGCAUCGAGCGUCUCAAGAAGGUCAAGGUGCUAGACGUGAGCUACAACCAGCUGGGAGAGGCUUCCCUGGCGCCACUAGCUGCAUGCGCGUCCCUGCAGGUGCUAGACGUGAGCUACAACCAGCUGGGAGAGGCUUCCCUGGCGCCACUAGCUGCAUGCGCGUCCCUGCAGGUGAGUGACAGCGAGGCGGCGGUGAGGAGGAGUUGUGUGCGGUGA